CAGGUGAGGACGACAGGGAGCCAUGGCGGCUGGAGGAGGCCCCAUGGCAGCUGGAGGGGAGCCCGAGGCCUCUGAGAGACCCUCCCCGCAAGCUCUCGGAGCCAUGGAGGACACCCCGCUGGAGGAGUCCAUGUUCCACAUCAUCCGUUGCUACCACCACUACGCGGCCCGCGAGGGGGACGUGGAGACCCUGACCCUACAGGAGCUCACAGACCUCCUCACCGACAACACCCCUCAGUUCUUCACCAACUUGGGCCGCAGCAACCCCUGCUAUAUGAGGGAGCUCUUCAAGGUUGCCGACAGGAACAAGGACAACCAGAUUUCCUUCGACGAGUUCUUGUAUAUCGUGGGCAAGCUGGCCCAGGACUACCACCUGCGCUACCACCGUCGGCUGUGCACAGGAUCCCAGUCCUCCCCCAGCCUCUAUUGA